AUGAUGCAUCAACAUGCAGAUUCAAAUAAGAAACUAUUGAUUCGACAUGGUAGUGGAUCAUUGUCGGAUAAUGAUGACGAUAGAAAACGAAAGAAAAGACGAAAUCGGACGACGUUUACUUCGUAUCAACUAGAAGAGAUGGAACGAAUUUUUCAUAAAACACAUUACCCAGAUGUUUAUAUUCGAGAACAACUUGCCGUACGUUGUGACCUAACUGAAGCACGAGUACAAGUUUGGUUUCAAAAUCGACGAGCGAAAUGGCGUAAACGCGAACGGUAUGCUAAUAUGCCACAAAUGCGUACUUUAACAAUACCCACAGGAAAUCCUUACGAUAUUUCAUUAUUAUCAGUUAGUGGUAAUCAAUACCCAUCGUUAGCAACGAGCAAUAGCUGGUGUUCAUCAUCAGCAACUCCACUGAGUCAUUUUCCACAUUAUCAAACGUCCGACCCGUCGUCUUCAUCUAUGCUAAUGUCAAAUGCAUUGCCAAACUUCAUGAAUCUACCUUAUGUUUUCCCAUCAUUACCUCAAACGAGUACCUCUACCAACAAUUUCAAUCCAUCUUCAUAUUCUGGAUAUAAUCUCGAUUCAGAUCAUCGAAACAGUUCAAUUGCAGCAUUACGUCUCAAAGCUCGAGAACACAGUGUUACAUUCAAUGGCUUGUAG